AUACUCCAAGCAAUACAACAUUUGUGAUCUAUGUCUUCUCCUCCCUUAAGCUUGUUAGCUCCACUCUUCUUGUUCUUAUCUUUCACUAUUGCUGGAAGCCAUUAGAAGGAGAAGAAGAGAAAUCACAAACUGUGGAACUUGUGAAAAUCAAAUCAUAAAGCUCCUAACUUUGCUGUCACUCACUUUGCUGUUUUGUCUGUAUAUUCGUUCUGCCGUUCUGGGUUUCUCGAGUAGCGGCAAAUCAAACCCUAAAACCAAUCACAUCCCCUGCUUGAAAGCUUUUCAUUUGGUGGUAAAACCCUUCACCUAAGUUCUCUUGAAGAUGCAAAGCUCAAAACCCAUCAUCCUCCUUUUGAUUUUCAUCAAUGUAGUAGCUGUUGUCACCUCCAAAUCCACAAUAGAACCAUGCUCUAACAACGACUCGUGCAAUGCUCUUCUUGGCUACACUCUCUACACGGACCUCAAAGUCUCAGAAGUAGCCUCCCUAUUCCAAAUUGAUCCCAUAGCUUUCCUCACAGCUAACUCCAUUGACAUCUCUUACCCAGAUAUUGAGAACUACAUUCUUCCUUCGCAGCUUUUCGUAAAGGUCCCAAUAGUAUGCUCUUGCGCAGAUGGAAUCCGCAAAUCUGUUUCUACCCACUACAAGACGCGGCCUUCAGAUACUUUGUCUUCCAUUGCGGAUUCAAUAUAUUCCGGCUUGGUGUCGGCGGACCAGCUACAGGAGGCUAAUUCGAUCCAGGAUCCUUCAGUGCUGGAUGUGGGGCAGAGCCUUGUAGUGCCACUGCCAUGUACUUGUUUUAAUGGGACUGAUAAUUCCUUGCCGGCAAUUUAUUUGUCUUAUGUGGUGAAGGAGAUUGAUACUUUAGUGGGGAUUGCUUCAAGAUAUUCCAUUACUAUCACUGAUUUGAUGAAUGUUAAUGCCAUGGGGAAUCCAGCCAUCAAGGCUGGUGAUAUAAUUGCUGUGCCUUUGCCAGCCUGUGCUUCUAAGUUUACGAUAUACGCCUUUGAUUAUGGCCUGAUUGUGGCAAAUGGGAGCUAUGCUAUUUCUGCCAGUCACUGUGUGCAAUGCAGCUGUGGGCCAGAAAAUCUUGAGUUGUACUGCAUGCCUGCUUCUUUGGCGGUUUCUUGUUCAAGCAUGCAGUGUAAAAACAGUAAUCUCAUGCUCGGGAAUGUCACGUGGAAGCAGAGUAGUGCUGGGUGUAAUGUUACCUCUUGUAGUUAUGGUGGAUAUGUCAAUGGCAGCAUCAUGACCACGUUGUCCACAUCUCUUCAACCUCGAUGUCCAGGGCCACAGCAAUUGCCUUCCCUGAUAGCCCCACCUACUUCAGUGACUAGGGAUUCAGUGUUGGGUCCAGCUCCAGCACCUGCGCCUCAGUCAGCUGGUUCUGGAACAACAACGCCGAAGAGUACAGUAGUUCCCACAACUGGGACAAUUCUUGGACUCCCCCCUUUAGGCGGUCCUAUUGGAGGUGCAUCUGGUGCUUGCUCCUUGGUGAAUCCAUUGGCCACUUACCUGAUUACACUGGUGCUAUACCAGUUUACCAACUUCAUGAGCUCCCUCUCAUUGUAAUUUUGCCGCGAAUUUGCCAGAUCGAUUGUGGGAUUUUGGUUGGCUUGAUCUCUUGAUUUUUGACAGGUCCCACUUAGCAGUUGUAUGUAAACCUUCUUAAAUUAUUUUGAAGUGUGAACAGAUUUGUGGAUGCAGAAAUUAGAGGCUGUCAUUAUGCCUAGAUUAUAUCUUUAUUGUGAUUCCUUGCUUGUUGUAGUAUGUAAUUUGAGGCACGGCCAAUUCUACAUUUGGUGAUUCAUUCUUGUUUUCA